GCAUUCUGCUACCUACCUUCAAAUCCAACUACUCAUUCAGUCUUUUCUUUUAGGUAAGAACUCUUUCAGUCUUCCACACAUGGACGGAGACAGCAAUAACCACAGUUGGAAAAAGGAGCAGAGAAAAUUACAACUAGCCAACAAAAUCUAACCAAAAUUGAACCGUCCAAAUCUGCUAUCCAUCUCCAAUUCUAUCUUGAAAACAUCAACAUUUGACAUUUCUCUCUUAAAAACCCACCCAGCAGCGGGAAGCAAUCAUAUCCAACCAACCAACCCCAAUCUUUCCCUCAUCGUCGCCGCUCUUUCUCCGACCCCGUCGCUGCCGCCGAGACGGAGAAAUCCUCUGUCACCAGGAAUCUGCGUUGACCCAAUCUAACCCAGCUCCCUCAUCUCCGGAUUUCCCCGUGUUUGGGGUUUUUGAAAGUUCUCGUGGUUAUCGCCUGGUCAAAGAUUGGCCCCGGCGCCUUCUGUGUACCGAUAAACUAAGGUAUGGGGCAAAGGUCGCCCUCUGCUCUUUCUUUUAUUCUUUGCGGCGAGUGCCAUUUGAAGAACUUGUAUGAGACCGAAAUUUGAUACUGGGUCUUCGAGGAUUAGGCUGGUCGGCGAUUUCUAUGUUGAUAGACAUCGCCAGAUUUUCUUUUUCCAUCCUUGGAAAUUGGGUUGAGAUUUUGUCUUGGGAUGCAAUGACGGAUUCAACGAUACUUCUAAUACGUAUAAUCGAAGAUUCUGGUUCUGAUUGUGAAGAAACUUGUAAUGCAAAAGAAAGAUGCGGGCUUGGUAGGUUGCAAGAACAAGCGCCUUUAGGGACAAAGUUCAAAUCUUGUGAUUGCAUCGAAGUGGGAACUUGGUUAUUCAUGCUACGUUUGUUACUUUUCAGAUAAAAGUAUUGUCGAUCCUGUAUAACUGUGGUGUUGAGGAGGAGAUUUCCAUAAUGGAGCAUCGAUCACCAUCACCAAAAACAGAGGACCUAGAUGCCCCUCUCCACUUGUUAGGGUUUGAAAUUGAGGAAGUGUCACCAAGCAAAGUCACAGGCCGCCUUCUGAUAACAGAAAAAUGUGUACAGCCUUUCAAGGUGCUGCACGGUGGAGUAUCCGCCUUGAUGGCAGAGUCUUUAGCUAGCAUGGGGGCGCAUAUGGCUUCUGGGUAUAAAAGGGUUGCUGGCAUUCACCUCAGCAUUAGUCAUUUGAAGCAUGCUGAUCUCGGCGAUCUUGUUGUGGCUGAAGCCACUCCUGUCAACGUCGGCAAAACCAUUCAGGUCUGGGAGGUGCAAAUUUGGAAAGUUGAUCCUUUGACCACAGACAAGAAGUCUUUGAUUUCAUCAUCCAGAGUCACUCUCCUAAGCAACAUGGCGGUGCCGGAACAUGCCAAAGAAGCUGCUGAUAAACUCAAGAGAUAUGCUAAACUGUGAAAUAUAUGUUGUGUGUACUGUAAGGGUAAAACAAUCCCCAGGGUGAAUAUUCAACCGUACUACAUUCUGUACAGAACUGAACUCUUUGAUUGUGUUGGGCGAGAUAGAAAUAAAGAAAAUGCAGCAGAGAGGGCACAGGGUUGCUUCACUCUCACGAGACCUUCUUGUUCAACAUGCUGCUCAUCGUUGCUGAUCUUAGGCUCUUCUCUCUUGUCAGUUCUCUGUUUUAGCCACGAAAGUCGAUAGUGUUGGUGGGGUGCCAUGGCUCCAAUGAUUCGACUAUGGUCUCUUACGUCCGUCUUCGGGUCUCUUGUCCAGUUGUGUUAAUGGCUAUUGCGUCGCUUCUUUUGGUUAGAGUUGCGCUAUGAAUAGAGACCAAGUGGUGACUGGUGAGAUGAAGGCGAAUGAGAUUUUAGAUCUGGAAUCCAACAGUCAUAAGCCAAG